AAUAUCUUAUGCAUAAUGGACCUGUACUUAGCAACUCUCAUGCUUGUAGACACCUCUGAUAAUGCUUUGUCGGCAUUAUCCAUAACAGAAUUACGGUUCGUUUUAUGGGUCGGCUUUAAAAUUCAGUAAAGACGGAUAACUUUUUUGACCGUUAUGCAAAUUUAGGUAGCUAUUAUUUGAAAGCGUUGAAUAUUUUGCAAUAACCUGGACCACUUUAGGAAUCACUGGCCUGGCGUAUACCGAUGACGAAUACAAAAAUCACAUUUGGCAAAACCAGAGGCAACGCCGACAAAGUGGAUAUACAAAGGAUAAUAAUAAAUCUCGAAAAUAGACGUGCUCGUAGGGAAAUAAAAAUAAUUAUCUUGAAAGCGAUAAUAAACUAAUAAACUCUGAAGGGUGCGAUUUUCGACUGCCUUGAAGAUUUCAAAGGAAAGUAAAAUGAUUAUUGGUUCAUUUUUAUGGAAUUUUUACGAAGAUAUAUCUCUGUAUUUCCAAUCAAUUAUUUAGAUUCAUAAUAUUUUAUAUGUGGUUAUGGGAGCAAAUGUUCAAUUGUUGAAAGCACAUUAAAAAGACCAUCAAAAAUAUAAUAUACGUUUCAAUUGAAAAGGGCGUAUCUGCAAAAUAGCACAUUUGGGAUAUUUGUCUUUGAAGACUUUCAUUUCAUCCACAGAUUCAAUUGAAUUAAUAUGAAGAAAAAAUAAAUGAUAAUGCAUGUUAAUUAAAUUUAAUCUGUGGAUGGCACAAAUGAAAGUAUUUAAAGUUCAAUCAAUAUCCCAAAAGUGAUUUUUUGUAGAUACGCACGCACUUCUCAAUUCAAACGUCAGUAUAGAUUCAUCAUAUUCCAAUCUGAUCACGCUGAUGAAACUGUUGAAAUGAUGUUCGAUCAAUACAUUGCUUUCCGGAAAUAAAGAGGAUCUUAUACGAAUUCAAUACAGUAAUUACAAUAUCUUAUGCAUAAUGGACCUGUACUUAGCAACUCUCAUGCUUGUAGACACCUCUGAUAAUGCUUUGUCGGCAUUAUCCAUAACAGAAUUACGGUUCGUUUUAUGGGUCGGCUUUAAAAUUCAGUAAAGACGGAUAACUUUUUUGACCGUUAUGCAAAUUUAGGUAGCUAUUAUUUGAAAGCGUUGAAUAUUUUGCAAUAACCUGGACCACUUUAGGAAUCACUGGCCUGGCGUAUACCGAUGACGAAUACAAAAAUCACAUUUGGCAAAACCAGAGGCAACGCCGACAAAGUGGAUAUACAAAGGAUAAUAAUAAAUCUCGAAAAUAGACGUGCUCGUAGGGAAAUAAAAAUAAUUAUCUUGAAAGCGAUAAUAAACUAAUAAACUCUGAAGGGUGCGAUUUUCGACUGCCUUGAAGAUUUCAAAGGAAAGUAAAAUGAUUAUUGGUUCAUUUUUAUGGAAAAAAAUUUCGUUUUUCGUUUCUGCAAGAAUUCUGAAAUUUCAUAUUUUGAAAAUCUUGGGAGGGGUAAUUACUAUAUAAUACUAGUACUCUUCACUAUUUCUAUACGGUCUUGCUUACUGACUGACUGAUAUUUGUACGUUUUUGAGACUCAAUUAUUAAGUGAAGUUAGUGAAGGUGUUUGAAGUUUUUUUAUAAGUUAUAUUUGCCUUUGACCUAAGGACUUUUUGUUUAUUCAGUUAUUAAAGGUAAGAGCUUAAUAUACAAUUCGAUAUUUUUCAACCUUAAAAUUACUUUUUUGAAGAUAUAAAACUUGAAAACGAUUUAUAUUUGAAUGUAUUAGAUUUUUGUGUAUAACCAAUAUCGGGUGUUUCAUGUCAUCGUAUAUAGGCAAAAUCUCGCUCAUUUGACGAGAUAAUAAAAAAAUUUCUGUUACUAGGGCCUAGUAACAGUUGGAAUAAUACAGAUCUAUUCUGAAUUUCUCCAAGUGAAUAUUAGAACUCUGAAAAUAGACGAGCAGAUAAAUUCGAUUUUUUUAAUCUGAAGUUGGUUGUGUUGUGAAUAUUUCGGAGUGAAAACUUGUGUUUGAAUAUUUCGAUCUUUUUGUAAGGAAAGCAAAAAUGUUUGGUCUAGUUCAUUUUCCCGACCAGACUUACGGAAUAUAUUCAAUGAAAAAUAUUUCAAAGAAAAAAGGAGAUAAUAAUGCCUGCAUUGUAAAACAUAGAGGUGCCAAAUAUGAAGCAGUACUGAUAACAGAAAAAGAGAAAAAAGAAGAACUGAGGGUACUUCAAGAUGAAAUGGUUGGACAGCUAAAAUCAGUAAAGAAAUCUGUAAGCGAUAAUAAUUUCACUGAUUCGAAAAUUGGAGAAAAAUAUGUGGAUAUGGACAGACCAUCUACUUCCUCCAUCAACCAUAAAUAUGUUUCCUCCGUUGUUAAAAAAGAUGAAGAAAGUAGUGAUGAAGCAAUUCAAGAGCAAAGAGAAGAACAGAGGAUUCUUCAAGAAGAAACGCUCGAACAAAGAGAAUCAGUAGAAAAAUCUAUAGGCGAUAAUCAUUCCACUGAUUCAAAAAUUGGAAAAAAAUAUGUGGAUAUGGACAGACCAUCUACUUCCUCCAUCAACCAUGAAUAUGUUUCCACCGUUGAGGGUAGAGAUGAACAAAGUAGUGACGGAGCAUUUCAAGAGAAAAUAAUUAUAGAAGAUAUAUUGCUUAAUCCGCGGAGAUCGCCAGAAAAAUCUCUAGUCUAUGAGGAUUUCAAUGAUUUUUCAAUUGGAACAGAAUAUGUGGAAAUUAACCGAUCAUCUACUUCUCUUAUGAAGAACUUCGAUGAUACUGUUUUCUCCACUGUUUGUGGAGAGGAGGAAGACAGAUAUGCAGAAUUUCAAGAUAAUAGUACCAUGGAAGCUUCAGAUAUGAAUGUUGACAAAAACAAACAGAGUAUUAUGCAACAUCAUGGAAUACCAGUUCAAGUGGAACCUGAAGAUGAGAUAGAAUUAUCAGUUUAUGGAGACAAUUCUGAUGAUGAUUCAGAUUAUAAUUUAUCUACUUAUUCAGAAACGCAAUCUGAUAACUCACGAGAUGGCAGUCGGAGCUCAACACCAUGUUCCUUUCUAUCUGAAAUGGAUCUGAAUAUUGAGGAGAAAACGCAACCGAAUGAGUCCAAUAAUAAUUCCCUCUCGAAAAGCAUCCAAGUUCAUUUAUCUGCCUCGUUAAACGAACCAGGGUGCGAUGAUGAAAAUAUGAUGGUAACUGAGUCCCGCGGAAGAAAAGGAGACAAGAAGGCAAAUUUUUGUUUCUACUGCCAUACGAAACAGCAAAAAAUCUCACGACACCUAGAGAAUAAACACAGCGGUGAGGAGGAGGUGAAAAAAUUUAUUAUGUUACCAAAAGGUAACGUAGAAAGGGCCAAGAUUAUUGGUCAGAUAAGAAAAAGGGGAAAUUUCCUUUUUAAUACGAAUGAGAAUUUAAAUGAUGGUGAGCUGAUUGUGGCGCGACGGCCUAAAAGCAGCAGGAAUAAAAGUGGUAGGGAUUACAGUGCAUGUGCAAACUGUAAGGGAUUUUUCUCAAAAGCCACCCUUCGAGUGCAUUUCAGAUCCUGCACAGGCAUUGAUUCCGACAUUAAAAGAUUGCCAAAUUUGCUAAGUAAAAAAAUCACAUCAAGAAUACAUCCUAUGGCAUCAAUAACUGUGAGAAAUCAUUUAUUCCCACCGCUGAGGGAGGAUGAUGUAUGUAGAGCAAUCAGAUAUGAUGAACUCAUCAUCAUUUAUGCUAACAAAAUGGUGGAAAAAUAUAGAGAACCGAGACAUUUCCAAAUGAUAAGGCAGAGAUUACGAUUAAUUGGUAAUUUCCUCAUUAAAAUGAAGGCACUGAGUAAGGAAAUAAAUAAUUUAGCCUCUAUAUAUGACCCAAAAUUUGUAGACAUGGUUUUAUCUGCUAUAAAUAUGUGUGCCCGGUACACUGAAACUACGAACUGCUUCGAAGCUCCUUCGGUAGCGUUCAGUUUGGGCACACUGCUGAAGCAGAUUGGCAAUUUAUUAAUAACAGAGUGCAUUAAAAACCACAAGGAAGAAAUGCGAAAAAAUGCUAAAUAUUUCUUGAAAGUUUUCGCUCAAGAAGUGAACAUAAAUGUAAACAGAACUGUUGCUGAAACUCAACUGAAAAUGAGUAGAACAAAAACAGUUAUGCUACCCACAAUGGGCGACAUAAAAAAACUCAGCGACUAUUUGACCAAGAAGAGAAAAGACGCCCUUGAGAAAUUGAAAAUUUGCUUCUCGUCAUUGGCCUGGAUAGACUUAGCAGAGGCAACGCUAACGUCUAUCCAGGUUUUCAAUAGACGACGCGCUGGAGAAGUCGAGAGAAUUAGCAUUACCGAAUUUGAAAAAUACGAAACGAUUGAGAGAAGUAAUAAUGAUCUAUUUCAAUCACUUUCAGAGAAAUCAAAAGAAAUUGCAAAAAAAUAUGUUCGAUUCACUAUAAGGGGCAAGUUGAAUCGGACGGUUCCUGUUCUAUUGGAUACUCAUUUAUGUGAGUGCAUCCAAUUAAUAAUAAAAAACAGAACAAAUAUGAGGGUCCACAAGAGUAACCCUUAUGUAUUCGGUACACCAGGGUCGGAUACAAAAAAGCAUCCACAUCUGAGUGCCUGCACUUUGAUGAGGAAAUUCUCUGAAGCUUGUGGUGCUGAGCACCCGACAAGACUACGUGGCACCAAUUUGAGGAAACAUAUAGCCACUACGUGUAUUACUUUGAAUCUUGAAAAUCAAGACGUAGUGGAUUUGUCGAACUUCAUGGGCCAUUCGGAGAAGAUACACAAGGGCAUUUAUCGUCAGCCCAUUAUAAGUAGGGACAUUUUGGGCAUUUCACAACUCCUGCAAACAGCUCAAGGAGAAAAUGAAAAUGCAAGCAGUGAUGACUCCGAAAAUGAGGUUGUCAAUGAUGAAGAACCAAUUCCUACAAAUGAAAUCAAUUCAACAGGAGGAACUCCAAAUCUUAGUGGGGGGAAUAGGAGGAAUUCCAGCAAAGCCCAUACCCUAUCUGGCACCCUCAAAAGAGUGAGGUGGACCCAAGAGGAGAAGGAUGCUAUUUUCCGUAUUUUCGGAGAAUAUAUGAAUAGAAAAGCUCUACCUCCUUUGAAAGUGAUACAAACAGUGAUAAAAGAAACUCCUGUUCUUCAGAAUCGCACGUCACCACAAAUAAAGACAUGGAUUCACAAUCAGCUGAAGGGCUCCAAGAAGAAACUUUCAUUUUCAAACUGAAUAUUUGUGAUAUUUUUAAUUUAUACAUAGUCAUUCGUUUUUAUUCAUAUUUAUUUAUUUUUUCAUAUAUUUAUUUACUUUUCAAGAAAGUUGUUUAUGUUUCUUCAUUUUCAUUCAUUUAUUUUCAUUUAUAUUUGUUCGUUUUAUUUAGAGAUUUAUUUAUGUUCCUUUGAAAUUCAUUUAUUUGUAUUCUUAAGAUUUUUUCAAGAUGGUGUUUCUUUCGAAACACUUCAUUUACAAUUGAAGUUUAUUAUUUUUCUUAAUCAAAAACCAAAGAAAAACCGAAUAUUUUAUUGUCACCAUAUUUUUAUGCCUUCAACUGGAAAUUCCUAACUAGAUAUUACAGAAGAACUAGGUCGACUAGAAAUUUGGAAAUGGAGAUUAGAAUAUUUAUCAUUCCUGGCUCUUUCGUACAUAUAGAGAAGAUAUUUAAAUUUGAAAAGAAUUAUGAUUCCCUUGACUUCCUCAUUAUUUAAAAUACUUUACCCAAUAAUUUAACUUCACCUUAUUUUUAUGACCUUUAACUGGGAAUACUCAAGUUCAAUCAAGAAGUUACUGAGGAACUGGGUCGACUAGAAAUUUGAAAAUUGAGAUUAGAAUACUUUCUCAAUCUAGGCUCUUUCGGUUAUACAGAGGAUCAAAAAAAUGUUCAUAACGGCGACCCCCCCCCAAUUUAAAGGCUAGGAUCGCCCUUGUCAUAAAUGCAAUUUCUGUAACGAAACUACAAUGAAAUAUAUUUUCGAAAAUAAAAUAAUCCUCAUAUUAAGA